CCUUGAGGCGAACCCAACCUAAGAAGUUUCUCAAUUCAAUUAUGGGAAGGUGCCAUAUAUUCCUCAUUCUUUGAUUGGGAGUCGUCUUCGGAAGUGGCAGACCCUCAAGAUACAAAAGAGACAGGAAGGUUGCCAUUUCCAUAAUCAGAAAAGGGGGGGGUGGGGGUGGGGGUGGGGGUGAGGGUGAGGGCAUGGCCCACCAUGGAAAGGUGGGUUCGUGGGUGGGUCUACGGAAGAAGACAAAGGAGGGUGGUGUUUGAGUAAAAUGCCGUCCAAUCCAAGUUUAUAAGGAAAGUGCUCUCCAUCACCAGCUGGGGUACCUUCCCAUUCUCCAUGCAACUUCGCCGAAAGACUACUCCCUCUAUCAAGAAACGGCCACGAAUUUUAAGAGGAAGAUGCCAACAACCUUAACAAAUCCCCCUCUCUUAUCUGUACAUUCGUCAGCUUCUCCAUCUACUCUUUCCGCCAACAUUUCUUCUUCCCUUUCAAGCUCUUCCUAUAUAUAGUCGGACACCCCCCAGCCUUUUUUCAUAUCUACCUGCUCAGCAUCUCUAUAGCAAUGGCGUCCAGAAAUGGGGUUGUCUUCGAAGACUUCUUCCCGGCAAUGGUGGAGAGGUUGGGGGCUGAUGGGUUUAUGACGGAGCUCUGUAAUGGGUUCCGGCUGUUGAUGGAUGGGGACAAGGGUGUGAUCACGUUUGAGAGCUUGAAGAGGAACUCCGCCACUCUGGGGUUGCAGAACCUUAGUGACGAUGAGUUGAGGAGCAUGGUUACAGAAGGUGACUUGGAUGGAGAUGGAGCUUUGAAUCAGAUGGAGUUUUGCAUUCUCAUGUUCAGAUUGAGUCCUGGCUUGAUGACAAGUUCCAGAAGGUGGCUAGAAGAAGCUAUCGUCAAUGGCUUUUAGGCUGAGCCCUUGUCUUUUUUCUGGCUUCUUUGUCUUUUUGUCUAGUGAGUUUUUAGGCUAUUCCAUUGUCCUGUCUCUGCCUUCUUUUAUAUUUUUUCCCCACCUGAAUUCUAUCUAUUGUGUUUGUUAUUCAUGUUUAAUUCUAUCUAAAUAUUAAUUUCUUUAUCA